AUGAUGAGGAUCAUUACAUUAGCCUCAUUUGUUGUUGUCGUCUCAUUGUUGUUGGCAACAACUAUCAAUGCCAACUCACAAUUUGAAGAGAACCCCGAUGACAAACGUAACAUCUCACAGAUAAUAGUUGCACGUGGCUAUGCUGAGGAGGACCAUCAUGUCGUCACUCCAGACGGAUUCAUCUUGUCUCUUCAAAGAAUACCUGCAUCUAGAUACCAACCAAACCCAGCGCCAUACGCUGCCAAUGGCAAGCCAGCAGUUAUAUUACAGCAUGGUGUAGAGGACAUUGGCACCAGUUGGGUCAUUCAAGAGAAUGUCUAUCAGAGCCUUGGCUUCAUUCUGGCCGAUGCCGGAUUCGAUGUCUGGAUCAGCAAUGUCAGAGGAACAACCUACAGUAACUCUCACAUCAAGUAUAAUCCAACUCAGAAGGAGUUCUGGGCAUGGAGCUUUGAUCAGAUGGCAGAGUAUGACUUGCCAACUGUUGUUGACUAUGUGCUUGGCGUCACUGGACAUGAGACAGUUGGAUACGCUGGACAUUCACAGGGCACUACAAUGGGAUUCAUUGCAUUCACCAACCCUGAGUUGGUGAAGAAGAUUAACUUGUUCGUGGCGUUUGCUCCAGUGGUCCGCGUGACACACUGCACCAGCGAGCUGUUGGACGUCAUGGCCGACUUGGACCUCGCCAACAUUCUCGAGCUGUUGGGCGAGAAGGCUUUCUUGCCAGACACACCAACCAUGCAAAAGUUGAUGCCAGUGCUUUGUGGCGCCAGCCCCGACAUGUGCCAGAACUUCCUCGGACUGAUCAUGGGCUUUGACCUGAGCAACAUCAACAACACUCGUCUUCCCGUUAUCAUGGCACACGAGCCAGGCGGAACGUCCGUGCAGAACGUCGUUCACUGGUCGCAGUGCAAGAAGCAUGGCUACAGGAAGUACAGCUACGGCCCACUGGGCAACCUUGAGAAGUACGGCCAGUUGGAGCCACCCUCGUACAACAUCACCGAGUUCCUGGCACCAGUGAUCAUCUUUUACGGUGGCCACGAUGAUCUGGCCGACCUUACCGACGUCGAGUGGCUGAUUCCACAGCUGGGCGACCAUCUCCUGUACCAGAAGUUCAUGCCAUCCUACUCGCACAUCGAUUUCGUCUGGGGUGAGAACGCCUACCAGUGGAUCUACAACGAUGCCGUCAGCUUCCUCCAGAAGUAUGCUCCAACGUCAACUUCUCAAACACAUGUAUCACUC